AAAUUUCUAUAUAUUAUGGUAAAACCCUACUACCUCCUCUCUCUCCGUCACAACGGUUCCAUCGUUCCCUAUUCCCUCUUCUCCCGUCGUCUCUCCUGCCGUCGCCACCACAAUCCCGUCUAUUUUCCCUUCUCUCUCUACCUCCCUCCUCACCGCACACCUUCGUCGCAACCUUCCCCUCCUUCCAACCUCCUCCACAAGACCACAACCACCACCGCCCGCAACGCCAAAUCCAUCUUCGACUACAUCCCUCCUGUCGGCCACCCAUACUUCCCAGCUCCCUUCGGUGGGAAGCUCCUCCCUUUCCCUCACGCGCUCAGAUGAUCGCUUUGAAGGCCUCUCUCUCUCCCCUCAAUAUAUUUUCAUCGUAGACUUCCGCCGAGCGUUGAGAUGGUUGCUUUGAAGAUUUCAUACACUCCCAUCGCAAUCUCUCUCUCACACAGGCGGCUGGAAAAGGUGGGAUGAAUAAAAAUCCUAGAUUUGAUUUUUCCGCAUUGGUAGUGAUUUUUUCGUAGUGGCAGUGUUUUUUCGCAUUGGUAUUGUUUUUGUCACAUUGGUAUUGAUUAUCAUGUAAUGGUAUUAAUUUGCAUAUAUUGGUAUUGAUUAAAUCUGCAAUGGUAUUGAUUUUUUGUCAAAUGGAAUAGAUUUAUAUUGGUAGAUUGUGGUAUGACCGUGUUUCAACCGUUCAAUAAAAUAUUGUUUUUGUCAAAAUACCAUGCCGGCCAAAAUGUAGUACCGUUUCGAAUAAUACCGGAAUAAAACCAAAAUAUAUCGGAUAGAAAAUCAUAAAAUAUAAAAUAUAAUCAUAUACCAGUGUGUACAAUAAUAGAAGUAUAGGAGUGAGGUUGUAAGAUUGUAAUAUAAGUAUACAAUAGUAGAUAAUUAAUUAAAUUAGAACUGAUUGUGAAAUAAUUGGUAGAUGGAUGGCUGAUUGUAUAAUUUUACUUAAUUAUUCCACUAAUCAUGGCCCGUAUCAGAAAUCAGUUAUUAUUUCCCAUACCCCAUAUCCCACCAUCCACGACCCAAAACCUAUCAGAAAUCAAUUACUAUAUCACAUACCCCAUAUUCUACCCCUCUCUCUCUCCCUCUUCUUUCUGUACGGCGGCCUCACCAUCAAAAUCAAUUUUCCAGACCCCUUCAUCACCAAUUCGCCAUCCUCUGACUUCCAAACAAACCGAGCACCACAUCAACUAGCGUGGAGGCUGAGAAGGAACUGUGCAGGAAGGGACUGCCGGAGGCCGGAGUUAGACACAGGGCAGGAGAGGAAGGGGAUAACUCAGGCUCCGACUAAGCGAUCUGAAGAAAAUGUCGGUGAUGAAGCUCCCUUUUCUCCUUCGCCGUCGAUGGGAAUUUCGCCGGAUCCUUGGUCAUUCUCACAGAUCUUGUCUCCCUUUAUCCUUCGCCAUCGACGAGGAGUUAGCCGGAUUCUCGAUCAAAGCCUCCCUUUUUCUUUUACCGGCCGUUCGGAUCAAAACCGUCCGACAUUUCGCAGUUUUGCGAUUCAGACUAUGAAACUGGCCGACACUCUAAAUUGGAGCAUUUGGUUGUACUGUUUCGGAUUCUGUCCGAUUUCUGAGUUUACAUGUUCAACCAGUUGAUCCGAUCUGAUUUCCUGGACCAUGAUUAGUAGGGGUGCAAGUUUGGGUUGUGCGGGUUGUGGAUAACCCGUAAAUCGUACUAACCCGCAUUCAUUGUGGGUAAGUGGGUUGGGUGUUGGUAGUAAAAAAUAAUUUUUCUGGUUAGUGGUUACCCACUAUCACCCACAACAUUCACAAUAACCACAUUUAUUAUAUUUAUUUACUAAAUUUACUUCAUAAUAUAAUAUUAUGUGAAAAGUGGGAGGCUAAAAAUUAAAGUAGCCACAAAAUCAAAUACGCAUAUAAUCGAGAGAGUGGAGAAUAAUUGAUUCAUCAAAAGUAGACACCUUUAGUAACUUUUAUAAGCAUGUGUUUUGUUUUUGUGUGAAAGAAAAUACAGGAUCAUAAUUAAU